AUGUUCUCAGGUAUUAUCCUCCUCAGUCUUGGUCUGGGUGCAUACGCGACCCAGCAGUUCAAGAACACAGGCACUAAAGCAGGCUGGGACACCUUCAACGUCGAGCACCUUGGCACUUGUGAUGAGGUGACCAAUGUGUAUCUUGAAGGACCAACCGCCCUCAAGAUGACGCAGACAUACGAUAACUACGGGGGAAGGUAUCACGCUGAGGCUGUCGUCAACAAUGGUUAUCAUCGCGGGGAAACUAAGUUUUACGGGUUCUCCUUCCGUCUAUCAGAGGCGUGGGAGUUUGACGACCAGGGCUAUAAUCUGGCCCAGUUCAUUGGUGACUAUGGCGACUACAAGUGUGACGAUUGGAUCCCCAGCAGCAUGAUCUGGAUCCGCAAGAAUCAACUCUAUUCCAGAACCAAAGGCGGUGCCGUCUGCAGUCCGGAACUUCACCAGUACGGUCCCCUAGCCACUGUCACGGCUGGAGUAUGGCAUACAGUAAUCAUCCAGGCAGACUGGGAGUCUGGCAGCACUGGCUAUUAUAAGUUGUGGUUUGAUGGUGUCAAGGUUCUCGAGCAGUACAACACUGUGACCACUUUUGCUGACGAUCGUGCUAUGAGCUUCCGCAUCGGCCUAUAUGCCAAUAGCUGGUACGACGACGGGAAAAUGGUCGGCAGUCAGAACUUCCGCCAGGUGUGGUAUGACGAAGUUGCUAUCGGAACCACUUAUGCUGAUGUUGACUCGACAAAGUGGAAGAGACAGGCAGUCGAGUGGAAGGCUUAA